AUGCAGUUUGACAUCCCACCACUGCUGCAGCCCAGAGCCUCUGCCUGCCGCUGCCUGCCUCCCAAUUAUUUAUGCAAACCUGAGGACAACAUUUACAACAUUGACUUCACCAGGUUUAAGAUCCGGGACCUUGAAACUGGAACAGUGCUGUUUGAAAUUGCAAAGCCGUCUGCUUCAGAGCAAGAUGAAGAGGAUGAAGAUGACAACAGUGAACUGGACGCUAGUGCAGGCCGCUUUGUUCGUUACCAGUUCACCCCAGCAUUUCUCCGUCUUCGCACUGUUGGUGCAACAGUGGAAUUCACAGUGGGAGAAAAGCCAGUGUCAAACUUUAGAAUGAUUGAGAGACAUUACUUCCGAGAUCGCUUGCUGAAGAACUUUGACUUUGAUUUUGGCUUCUGCAUCCCCAGUAGCAGGAACACAUGUGAACACAUUUAUGAAUUCCCUCAGCUCUCAGAAGACCUUAUCCGUCUGAUGGUUGAAAAUCCAUACGAGACCCGCUCAGACAGCUUUUACUUUGUGGACAACAAGUUGAUUAUGCACAACAAGGCCGACUACGCUUACAAUGGAGGACAGUAAUUAUUCUGUGUCCACUGGAUGCUGUGCUGCCGUUAACCAUUCCAGAUGUCCAGGAGUGGUCUGGAGUUGCUGUCUCGUGCAAUAAGGCUUCUUGCCAAACCUUUUCUCCUUGCAUGAGGCUGAAAACAUGAAGCAAAGACGACAGCUCGUGAAAGUAAAGGAAAUCCCCCUGCAACACUUCUCUGUCUGCCACUCAACGUAUCCUGCCUCUCGUUCUCUAUUUCUGGUUACCUUCUGGUACCUUGGUUAGGUCAUGGAUCAGAGGCACUGUUAGAAAAUGAUUGCUGUUAGUCUUUAUAGUUAGGUUGCACUUUUAGUGCUUCUGAUGCUUCACCUGUUGGGUGACUACCCUUUUUCAAGAGGUCAGAUUGUUUGGGUAAGCUAUUUCUUAGCAGGAAAAUUUUCCCCCUUCAAGUUGCCAGUGAUGCCUGAAGAGCAGAUCUCCUCUUCAGUUGGAUAGAUCAUCUCUUCAGUGCACAGUGGUUUAGUUUGUAGCAUGGCUGAGAUUGCUUUUUAGGGUGCAUCCCAAAAUUCUCAGUGGGAAAGAUAAAAUAAGAGACUAAUUCGGCUUCUAAGCAGUAUGGGAAUCUUCCCUCUGCCUCUAGGGGUCUGAGCUGCCCCUGAGAACAGCUUAAUCUGUAUCUUGCUAGAGAUUUCACUAGAGAUACAAGAUAGGGAAAAAGGGCUUUUAUCCAGGUUGGUCCUUGAAUCAGUCUGAUAGCAUUUCUAGUUGAGCUCUUGUGAGCAAAUUGUUGAAUUUUGGAGCUUAGGAAUCAGCCUUAGAGCUGAAGUUAAUCUCACUAUAUUUACCAUUUCUCCUGCUUCCCAUUGGGUUGGAAUUUUGGCUCUUGCUACAGAAUGUAUUGCUUUUUAGAUUGACAACACACGGUCAGUCUAGCUGGGGUGAGGAGGAGGUGUCAGUCUAGUGGGACUUAGGGGAAAAAGGGAGAAUUUGGAAAAUCACUUGAAAAAUGUGUAGGAAGCAGAUCUUCCUAGGCUUCAAUCUCUCUCUGUCAGAGGUGCUGGAAGGAGAGAUGGUGGUGGUACCAGCUCAUUUGCUUUGUUUCAGUUGAGGUAUUAGUAGCUAAAAGCUUCCCAGGUCAGAUCACUCAGCGUUACAGAGUGGGAUUCUUACAAAGUGAGAAUUUAUAUGAUUCUCUUUUUAAUUGUUUGAGUUCCCAUCACCGCUUUGCCUACUUAGCUGCUUAUUUAUGGCUUAGUAAGUUCUGCUGAGUUAGUUACUGCCAGACCAGAGGGUGUAUCUCACCGCUGCGUUUGGGAUCUGGCAAUAGGGAAUAGCAUCAUGCAGUGGGAAGAGAAGACCCAUGUCUCCCCAGAAGCUGUGCUGGCGCCCAGCUCCUGACCAUGCAAAAUCUCAGUUAAAAAAAACCCUUUUCUGCCUGUUUUGCUGGCUCUUAAGACUGGCAUUUUUCCUGUCACCAGCUGGGCUGGUCAGUUGUGUCUCUUGUACAUGGGAGUUAGGUUGCAUCUAUAGGAGAGACGUUUGGUAGUAUUAGUUCCACUUGUUCCUUGAAACAGUUGCAGACUAACUCCUUGGUGGAUACAGUUGGUUACCUGUUGUGUUAAGUAAGAUUCAGUGUAGCUUAUAUUUUAGCAGGAUUAAGUGGGGUGGGCAUAACAGCCCAAAGCCUGUUAAUGCAUAGACAGCAAUAAGAAACCAAUGCCUUUACCUUGCAGAUUAAUGACGUUAGCUUUGGUGUAGAAGAUCAGCUGGCAUCAGGGUGAGCAGUGAGAGUACGUGGGGUGGCAGCCAUGAAAGAAUCUCCAGCUCUUGGGAAGGUAUUUAAUUAUGAUUAACCACAACAAAUGACCUGUUCAGGGUAGAGCAUUAAUCAUGAGCAACCACAACAAAUGUCUUGGGAAUGCAGAGAGGCAAGGUCUGCAUGGUUGAAAGAUGAAGAACAGUUCUGCUACCAUCAGUCCCCUCCAGCAUCUCCAAAGGCACUUAGGCAAUCUUGUUUAGUUCUUUCAGAAUUAGUUAAAGCUGCUUGUAAGGUGGAGCUUGCGAUGCCUCUUGCAGUGAUUGUCUUCAGAAAGCCUUGUGCUGUGCUGGUGAGGUAGGAAAUGUUUGUCUUUAUGGAAGAACGGGUAGUUACUUGUGACAAGGCAGAACUGCCUGGAAGUGUGGUUUUUAUCCUGAGGUGUUCUGAGGUGCUCAGGAUAGUGCCUGAAGAACCUGCUAGUUAUUCCCUGGGAAGUUUUAGCGUACUGAGCUGAAUUUGUAUGUGGUAUAAAUCCAGGUGCCUUUAAAUGCUACUUUUAUCUCAUUUUCUGUAUGAAGCAACCUCUUGCUUUUUUUAUGAGUGUGAUGAUUCCCACCUAUUUUCUAUGUUGCUGCGUAAAGGUUCUUUAAAAAGGAAGACAGGCUGUUGCCAGUGAGCAGCAGAAAUUACUGUGAGUGCCGUUUGUAGCAGGCGGUGUGCAGCUCCUCGCAGUCAGGGUGUUCGUCGGGGUGUGGGUGCCAUCUAGCCGCUGCUUUGCAGCAUGCAGCUGAGAGCGGGAGAGCACUCUGCCAAAUGUAAAUGAGGCAUUUGAUGCUUAUAGGAAAGUGGAUUCCUGUCUUUAGUCAUUACCUCUGCUAGUAGCGAUGAGAAAAAAGCAUUGAAGCAGUUGCUUUCCCAUUGGUGAAUGUAUCAGCUAUUCAGCAAUAAAAAAAGAACUGGGGGGAAAUGGGAAGGCUUGCAGGCAGCACUAGCAGCCCUCAGUUUCUAGCUGAAUUUGUUUGCUUUGCUAGAUUAGGUCUUUGCCCAAGGCAUGCUGCAGAACAGAAGUCCCUACAAGAGGGCAACCCAGCACUGAAAAAGUUGAUUGUAAUCCAAAAUAUCAGGAAUUCCCAAACUCCUGUCCCCACUUUGGUACUUCCCUAAGGUUCCUUCUCUCUUAGACGCCUUCUAUAAAGUGUCUUCUCUUUGCGGCAGGGAUGAUGUCUUUGGUAAACAUGGUUUAAUGGAGCAACUUCAUUCUGGAUUGUGUGCUCUGAUGCUUUAAUGAUGGGUCAGAGCUACUCAUGCCAGUGAGCUAGGAAGAUAUUCCAGUGGGAUCUCACCCUCGUCAAGUGGAAGGUCUGUCCUAGCCAAGUGCUGAGUGCAAGGGAGAUGCUUUCAGUGUCGGUUAAAGUUUGAGCAAGGGAAAAGGUAUCUGUGCAGACAGCUUCUUUCAGGCCCUGUGCCGAGUUGGAAAACGAGUUGGGAUCAUACUGUGUUCU